UACAAUCUCCAAUUUUAUUCUCAUCAAACCCAACCUUCCUUCCAAAUUCGAAUCAUGGCUUUCUGCAUCUUCAAAAUCAAACACCUCCCAUUUCCAAAGCCCCUAAUCCUCUUUUAUCUCUUAUUAAUGUUCACCGAUUUCUUCUCACCACUACGCCCAUUUACAAGUGUUUUAUCCUUCAACUUCCCCAGUUUCAAUUCUUGUAACGCUGAUUCCCCUCUAAGAUGUGAGGGAACUUUGGCUCAGGUUUACGACCCAGCCAUCCAACUCACCAACAAUUUUCAGGGUCAAGUAGGUCGAGCCACGUAUUUCAGUCCUAUUCACCUGUGGGACAAGGCAUCUAGAAACCUCACAGAUUUCACAACCAAUUUUUCGUUUGUAAUUGAUUCUAACAAAAGUACUAAUUAUGGUGAUGGGCAUGCAUUCUUCCUAGCACCUACUGGUUCAACAAUUCCUGAUGACUCAACAAGUGGCACUAUGGCUCUCACAAAACAUAGCGAGGCGAAAGUCAACUCGACAAACAACACUUUUGUCGCGGUAGAGUUUGACAUCUAUUCAAACACAUGGGAUCCGUCCGGCGUACAUGUAGGUAUUGAUAUAAACUCCAUGAUAUCUGUUGCUAAUGUCUCAUGGUUGGGGGCUAAUAUUUCUAUUAUGGAAAAAAGAAAGAACGAAGCUCCGAUUAGCUAUAAUUCUAGUUCUCAUAAUUUGAGUGUUCUCUUCACUGGUCUCAGAAACAAUACUAUUGUAUGGCAGUCCCUUUCUUAUAAUAUUGAUUUGAGAGAUCACCUACCUGAAUGGGUAACUUUAUGAUUCUCAGCCGCAACAGGAAAUUGUUCUGCAAUACAAACCAUUCUCACAUGGGAUUUUAAUUCAACUUUGGAAGAUAUUGUAACCAAACCAAGGAAAAACAAAAGG